AUGUUCUUUUACAUGAGCAAAAGAAUAAAAAGCAUGACACCAAGUUCUUUGUCCCCGCAUUACGCGGCUCAAUCUCCUUCAGAACGUAAACCUGACUUGGUAGCAAAGGAAGUGCUGAAAUGGUGGCAAACCAACGGAAAGCACCCGUUCAUCCAGCCCCACAUCUCGUCACCGAGUAAUGUGGGUGCGAACUCGCCAGAGAACUUACCACUAGGUGAUGAUAAGGUCCAGCUCAUUCGACUACCAGUAGCUUCACCGUCAGCCGUUAAAAAGUUCAGUCAGGUUAGCAGUGAAGAGCCAGCACAUCUCACCACAGGGCAUUUUACCAGUCGUGGAUGCUCGACUGUUGAAUGUAGUGGUAAUUUAACUCGAAAAGUUAUUGCCUGUGACGAAUCUACAAAAAAUUAA